ACGCCGGAACGCUUUUGCAAAAAGCAAUCCAGGAAAAUUCGAAGGAAAAAGCGGCUGAGGUUCAAGAACUAUUAAGACUAAGGGCAUUUGUCCUAAGAGUCGCAGAAGAAGAAGGCUGGAACAUAGCAGCAAAAAUUUCUAAACCAAUACCUAGUGAAGGUGAUGAAUUUAAGGAAUUGCUAGUCAAAGCCAGAAAACAGGUCAAACUAUACGAAGGACGCUCCAUGUCUUAUAGCAGGAGAUCUUGGAAAAGUAAAAGGACCGAAUCUUGGGCCCCCGGUCCAGAAAGAAACCACUAUGCACCUUACUCACUACUGCAGCCUUAUGCUCAGUAUCCACCUGCAAUCCAAGAGUACCAAAACCCAAAUAUGAUUCAAAACCCGGGCCCGGCCUACCAAAACCUCUUUAACAAGCUGAUGACGAAGCAGAUCACCUGCUAUUUCUGUGGUAGCGCUGGUCACACAGCAUCAGUAUGUCCCUCGAAAAAACAAACUGAUGGAAAUAACAAAUACUAUAGACAAAAGCAGGGAGGUGGUUGUGAAAAUCCACGAGCUAGAGGCCGUAAAUUAUUAGAUAAAGGAAAUAAACCCACCACCUGUAGUAACCUGCUGGUUAAGAAACCUCGUACCUCUAUUCCUGAAAAAUGUGUAGACUCUGGUCAAAAAAGAGAACCCGAAACCCUACAGAUUAACCUUGGAACAAAAGCUGUGUUUAAAGAAGGAGAUAUAUCGAUUAGAAAUGCUAGGAGCCAUAGAAAAAGUAGCUAUAGCAUCGCCUCACCUGGGUUCCUUGUUGGAAGUAUUCGUAGAACCUUUGAGAAACCUGGGGUAGGAGUUUUUGGCGGUGCACAUCCGUCCAUAAAAGAAUUGUUACAGUUGGCAAAAAAACUAGCAAGAGACUCGGUAUCCCCCUUCUACAAAGCUAGGUCCGAUAGGUACUGGGGCCUCUACAAGAAAUUUUGUAAAAGGUUCGACCUGGACGUGGAGAGCCCGCGUGAGGAGGGUAUCUUGGCAUUUAUUAUAUGGCUGGACAUGAUGGGCCUGGCACCACAAACCCCCCGGAUCAUACAAGUGGUCGUAAAUAGCCUUCGCUUUGAAGCGAAAGAGAAUUUUAGAAAGAAUCUAGCUGUAACACAGGUACUAAGGGCAAUAAAAAAGGAGACCUCAAAGUAUAAGACACCAGACUGGCCAUGUGACCCAUUGCCCAUUGAGGCCUUGAGGCAUUAUGUAGAUGUACCACCGUCUUGGGCUGAUGAUUUAAUGUAUAAAAGGGAUAUAGCCUUAGUAGCCCUGGGAUUAAGGACAAUGCGAAGGCUAGGUGAAAUAGGAGACCUAAAACUGAAGGAUAUAAAAUGGGAUAACAAAGCAAUUUUGUGGGUCCGGAUCUGCAAGUCAAAAAUGGACCAAUUUAGAAACGGCAGAAACGGAUGGGGAAUCACCAUUGUUCUUAUCAAGACAGGUCAAAAAAGUCUCGGUCUCAGCUGUAGGCCUGAUAGUAAAUGGUUCUCUGAACAUGUGGGCCUAAAUAGUAGGUUUACAGCUCAUUCACUGAGAAUAGAAGAGGCCACGGCAGCAAUGACUGUGGGCAUAAGUCUCACACAAAUCCGGGCGAUAGGGGGCUGGGAUUCCAAGGCUGUUAUGUUAUACCUAAGGACGGUCUCCACCGCAAAGGCUGGGAUCUCAAGAGGCAUGG